AUGGCUGGAUCGAUUGCCACGUCCUUUGGCCGGACAUCCUCUGACUCCUCAUCGAGCGACUCCGUUGAAGAGAGGCAGACCGUUGAAGUGCAGGAGAAGGCGGUGGCGACCUACGUGGCGCGCAUGGAGGUCUUGACGCCCGACGUAGUGAGAGUCACCAGGGCGUACAACGCCUUUCGCGGCUGUGGGAAGGCACUGCGGCCUCAAAAUCAUGAAGAUUUGCACAAGGACAGCUUCGUGCGCGAGCGGAUCUCAAGUUUUUGGUCCCAUUCAUGGCACGGUCCAUGCUGGAGGAAAAUCCUGUCGCUCUUCAUGCGCUACAAUGGGCUGGCAGCGGUCUUGAUCGGAUGCAGUUCUGCCUCAGAAUGUGCCUGGCACGAAUGA